AUGAGAACGAGACCAUGCUGUAGGAGUGUAAUAGGGUUGAAGAAAGGACCAUGGACACCAAACGAAGACAAGAAGCUUAUAGCAUAUGUUACUCAAAAUGGCCAUGAAAACUGGCAUUCUUUGCCCACUAGAGCAGGUCUUCAAAGAUGUGGAAAGAGUUGUAGAUUAAGGUGGAUAAACUAUUUGAGUCCUUAUAUAAAACGAGGAAACUUUAGUUUGGAGGAAGAUCAAACUAUUAUUCAAGUGCAUGCUCUUAUCGGAAACAAAUGGUCCACAAUAGCAGCUCUCCUACCAAGAAGAACAGACAAUGAGAUAAAGAAUCAUUGGAACACUAACAUCAAGAAAAGACUUAUCAAUAUGGGCAUUGAUCCUAUUACUCAUAAACCAAUAUCCAACAACAAAGACAAGGACAAUAUUGCUAUAAAACACAUGACUCAAUGGGAGAAUGUUAGAUUGGAAGCUGAAGCAAGAUCAUCAUCAAUGUUAAUAACCACUAACAACAAUGCAGUGUAUAGCAAUAUGUGUGCCAUUAUGCUUGCAAAUGAGGAUGACCCUUUUUCUCCAACAUCCAUAUCGAGCUUUCCUAGUUGGGACCUUCUUACUGCUGCAAAUGAUUUGAAUUUCAGAGAAGGCUUACUAUCGUUUGAGGCUGAUAGUAUUAAUAAUAACAAUUAUAAUAAUAAUAUGGAAACUAAUGACCAAGAGAUCAGGAAUGGCUAUGGCUUUAACUUGCAAGAUGAUGAUGAUAUAAUGGUUGCAUUGGAAGCAUUUAGAGAUGGAAAUGGAAAAUACAAUUUGGAUGCUAGCUUUGCACUUUUUGAAUAA